CAAGGCGGCAACAUACUGCAAACCACAUGGCUGUCAUUUCUCUAUAAAAUUAUAAAUAGUAGCUGCUUCGACAAAUAUUGCAAGAACUUGAUCCUUGCGCAUUUUCACUAAUGGCAACAAUUUGCAUCUCCUCAUCUCUGAUACUAACCAUAAUUCUAUCAGUUUUCGCCAUCAUAAUUCCAGUAACAUUCUCACUUCAAGUAAGAUUUUACCAAGAAUCUUGUCCUCGAGCAGAAUCAGUAACCAAAAGAAUAGUGAAGAAGAAUUUUCUGAAAGAUCCAUCCAUCCCUGGUGGAUUAAUACGCUUACAUUUUCAUGAUUGCUUCACGAGAGGAUGUGAUGGGUCAGUUCUUAUUGACAGCGACAGCAGAAACGUAGCAGAAAAAGAUGCUCCGCCAAAUUUAUCUCUAAGAGGAUUCGAGGUCAUUGAUGAAAUCAAACAAGAAUUAGAGAAACAAUGUCCGGGGCUUGUUUCUUGCGCAGAUAUAUUAGCACUGGCAACUCGAGACAGUGUUGCAUUAUCCGGAGGAAUUAAGUACAAGUUACCAACCGGACGAAGAGAUGGAAUCAUUUCAAGAAUGGUUGAUGUUCGAUUACCAGGACCAUCUUUCUCCGUUCAAGCAACAUUAAUGGCUUUGCGGAAUGUUGGCCUUGAUUUGGAUGAUCUCACUACUUUGCUAGGUGCACAUUCUAUUGGAUUCUGUCACUGCGUCUUCUUUAUAAACCGGUUGUAUGACUUCCAAGGGAAGGAGGGUGAAGCCGAUCCAGAUUUAGACCCUCAACUACUAAUCCAGCUGAGAGAGAAAUGUCCAAGACCACAGGGAAAUCAAGUCUUUAACUUAAGCCAAGACAAUACUGUGUUCAUGAAUCCUUCGAGUAACACGAAUUUUGUGUUGGAUAACUCAUUUUAUACUAGUGUUAUACAGCGAAAAUCGUUACUGCAAUUGGAUCAAGGUUUAGCUUUCACUGGCCUUUCAUCCAAACUAGCAGAAAAGUAUGCGAAUGAUUCACAACUAUUUAGAAAUAAGUUUGCCAAGGCUAUGAUCAAAUUGGGUAAUAUCGUUACUGCAGAGGAAGGAGAAGUUAGAUUGGAUUGCAGAAAAGUUAAUAAAAGAGUUUAAUGCGUUUUCAUGUUCUUUUGUAAAAGAGUUUCUGUUCAUUAGUUCGUCUAAAUUCUUGUUGAGUAUCGAAAAAUACGUUCUCUUUUUCUCCCUGUAUGUGGGUGGAACAUUAUCUGCAUGGUCCAUGGUAGUACAUCCAGCUUUUGAUGAAAAAGAAGAGAACAAAUUCCCUCCUAAGACUACAAAACCCAAAUAGUUGUUAAAACUAGGUCUCUGGUAGAAAGUGUAACAUAGUUAUAUUCUCAUCUAAAAUUAAA